AUGACAGGAAAUUCUCGACAGACCAACAAGCUUCGAGGGAAAUCUAACACAACUCUUUUCAAGCGCGAGCCUUUGUCUCCACGAAAUGUACAACAUAUCAAUUUGGAAGACAGGAGCCUCACGCAAUACUGGUCUCCGAGGAGUAUCCUACCACGACAGUGUCAAGGGCAGAAUCCAGCUGCAACUCAGCGAGAUGCACAUAUUACACAAUUCGAUGAGGAUGGCCAAGGCUCUACCUCGGAGCAGCAGGCUUUUGAAGUGGCUCGAUGCAGUCUCGAGCAAUUCUCAGACAGAUUAGACCCAUUUGCACAGCUGCCGGUCAUGCUUAAUCGAUUUCAGGAGCAUCUGUUGAGCUUCUACCUACAAGCCUACCCAUUACUCAUAUACGGCAUGAGUCCACGUCUUAAACCACAUCCUGUAGCAACAAACUUCAGCAUUGCGAUCAACAAUCCCCCUAACUUCCAGGCGGCUCUAGCACGCUCAGCUCUGUACCGCAUCUCGCUGAAGAAGUACUCAAAUGAUACGGAGAAACAGGAGCUCGAGAUUGCCGUCAUGAGACACAAAGGUGAGGCGAUUCGAUUGGUCAAGCACAUGUCGAUAGCCAUCGAAAGAAAGACUCAGGGCAUAGAUAUGUUGAUAGCUGCCAUAGUGAGCCUCGGUACGCUGGACACCAGGACAGGCGCAAAGGACACAGCAUCGGUACAUUUUAUGGCGGUACGACAGCUAUUGCGAUCCAUAGGCGGUCCACUAUCAAUCAAAUCCGUCCUCCUAUCUAGAGUGAUGCUGCACUUCGAGACGCUCUACUCCUCUACCACGACCAGCUAUGUUUGGGACAAGACCGAUACGAAGUCUCUACUCAAGAAGACCAACGUCUUUCUUGACGAUAUAUGGAAGUUUUGGCUACAACUGGCAGGAAGCACCAACGUUCGAAAUUCAAACAGACCUUCAUCUAGUCAAUAUUCCGGUGCCACUACUACCCAGAGAAUGUCCUCGCCACUAGCCAAAGCAUUCAUCCUACAUUCAUACCCCGGCCUACACGAAGCUUUGUCGCGGCCGCUCAAAAGUGAAGAGGAAGAUCUGACGCCACAAGACAGGAUGAAACUAACGUUCCAGCUGACAUGUUUACUCACUCUCUGCCAUGUGGUUCUAGAUCAUCAGAAUCGUCCUGAGAGCCUGAAGUCAUGGAUGUCGAAUAUCUCCCACAUGGUCGACGAUGCUCAACUGACUAGACAACCAUGCAAUAAUCAUCUAUGGCUGAUACAGAUUCAUGACCAGUCCUCACAACAUAACACUCGUGUAUGGCAAUGUGCAAGCUUUGUCUGGUUGCUCAGGCACUUCCCUUAUUCUGUGCAGAAGGGUUUGCGCAAUUGGCUCCUAGCUUUCAUGGAAGGCCGUUUGGUGAAGUCGAGUAAGAACGUCGAUUCCUUCUACUUCAGCUAUGCUAUGCCACAUUGA